GCUGUGGAAGGGUAACGGUCCGGCCGCAGUCCCAUUCAGUCAUGUGUAGUGCAAAGGAACAGGUGGCCCAACAAAAUGGGGAUAUAGAAAGCAAUUAUCCGGUGGGCAGUGACAAAGCCCAAGUCGGUCGUGGGGCCAGUCGCUCUGUAGCUUUCCUACGGCGAUUGUGCCUCAUAACCUUUAAGAUCAUUCUCGUUGUUGGUCUUCUGGCAGUGGUAGUUGGCAUUCUCUGGUACUUCAUGGGGCUUACAUUCGUAGUACAGUUGGCCAUCGUCGCCUUGGUCGCGUUCCUGGCUGCUGGCAGGGGCUACCGAUGGUUCUACGUUGCUUUGAUGACACUUCCAAGAGACAUAAUGGCUGUUACACGUUACCUGCUCUUCCUUCUCUCCGUAAGAAGAAUAUCGAAAGGAAACAAAUCAGUUGCUGAAAUUUUCAAAGAGGAUGUUGUUCAAAAGAACCCGAACAAAGUUCUCUUCAUUUUCGAGGGAAAGGAAUGGACUGCUGGACAGAUUGAAGAUUAUAGCAACAGAGUUGCAAACUUAUUCAAAAGUCAUGGCUUUCGGAAAGGUGAUGCUGUAGGUUUGAUGCUCGAAAACCGACCGGAAUUCGUCUGCAUAUGGUUGGGCCUUUCCAAAGUUGGUAUCAUUACAGCUCUGAUUAAUCACAACCUGAGGCAGAAUUCCCUCGUACACUCAGUCACUAUUGCCAAAUGUCAAGCUCUCAUCUUUGGAGAAGAUUUUAUGGAUGCGGUGAGAGAGAUUGCCGGUAGUCUGAGCGGUGUGCGCCUCUACAACUGGUCUGAGAGUGAACCCCGCUAUCCAGGAGGUGAAAUCGGCGAGAGAAAUCUCUCACCUCUGCUUGCCGAUAGUCCCACCUCACCACUGCCAUUGGAUGGCAUUAACUUCCACGACAGGCUUCUUUACAUUUACACCUCUGGUACCACUGGUCUUCCAAAAGCUGCAGUAAUUACCAAUGCAAGAUACUUUUUCCUGGCUGGAGCUAUAUCUUACCAAGCAUGGUUUAAGAAAAACGAUGUAUUUUAUACUCCACUUCCACUUUACCAUACUGCAGGAGGAGCCAUGUGUAUAGGUCAAGCUAUAGUGUACGGUGCAACAAUCGUUAUUAGGAAGAAGUUCUCAGCCUCUUCUUAUUUUCAAGAUAUUUCCAAAUUUAACUGCACGAUUUCUCAAUAUAUUGGCGAAAUGUGUCGGUACUUAUUAGCUACACCCAAAAAACCAACUGACACUCAGCAUAAACUUAGAAUGGUUUUCGGUAAUGGCCUUAGGCCACAAAUCUGGAAAGAUUUUGUCGAAAGAUUCAACAUUUCCAAAGUUGUUGAAUUUUAUGGAGCUACUGAAGGCAAUGCGAAUAUUGCAAAUGUUGACAACACAGUGGGAGCCAUUGGUUUCGUUUCUCGUAUCCUUCCUCAGGUGUAUCCGAUAUCCAUCAUCAAAGUAGAUCGAGCAACUGGUGAACCGAUAAGAGGCGCAAAUGGUCUUUGCAUUCCAUGUAAAGCAGAUGAACCUGGAGUUUUUGUUGGAAAAAUCAAUCCUAACAACCCAGCGAGGACAUAUUUGGGUUACGUCAAUGAAAAGGAAUCAGAGAAGAAAGUAGUAAGAGAUGUUUUUGCAAGAGGUGAUUCAGCAUUCAUUUCAGGUGAUAUUGUUGUUGCUGAUGAAUUUGGUUAUUUAUACUUCAAAGAUAGAACCGGUGAUACAUUCAGGUGGAAAGGUGAAAAUGUUUCAACUUCUGAAGUAGAAGGUGUUGUUAGCAAUAUAGUUGACUAUAAGGAUUGUGUCAUCUACGGUGUACAGGUUUUCGGAAGUGAAGGAAGAGCAGGAAUGGCAGCGAUAGUUGACCAACAAAACAAUCUCGAUUUAAAUAAACUCACCGAAGGAGUGAAGAAGUCCUUACCCUCCUAUGCUCGACCCCUGUUCGUCCGUGUUCUUAAUGAAAUGGAACUUACUGGCACUUUUAAAAUGAAGAAAUUGGAUCUUCAGAAGGAAGGAUUUGAUCCCUCAAUCAUACGGGACAAACUGUACUACUUAAGCCCUGAAGGGGUUUAUGAGCCACUAACAGAGGAAGCUUUCGCACAAAUUCAAAGUGGAAAAAUUCGUCUCUAAAUUUUAAACAAUACCCAAAUUAUACCUUGCCAAGAAUAUACUUGUACGUAUUGAUAUAAGUUAUGAUUAAGAAUGAUUCCGUAAAAGCAUAUUGUCGCCGUCAGUGUUGGGAAAUUUCUACAUCUCCAAUUUAAAAUAAUUUUAGACAACGAAGAUAUUUUUAUAUGCUAUUAUUUAUGCCUUUUGCCAAUGAAAAGUGGUAUUUGUUUUUAAAUUAUUUAUUUUAAGUUUCAGUUUAUUAUUGUUAUAGUAUAAAAAGAAUUCAUUCUUUUAAGUUCCCCUCCCCCUGUUGUAAUGUAGAAUUAUUUAAUGAAAAUUGUAUAUAUUUAUAUAUCUAAAGAAAGCAGAAAGUUUUAAGAUGUCUGCUUUUAUCUUUAGAUUAUUUUUUAUAUAAAUUUAUUUUUAUACAUUGUUAUUAAAUAAUGUAGCUGUUAUUAUUGACAUUAUAUUAUAUUACAUGAACUGUGAUCCUGCAACCGUUAUUUUUUCAAAGUUACAUCAGUGUUGGCUUUUGUACUUAUUAAACCUGAAACGACUGGUUUAUGAUGUGACCGUAAAGUGGGAAAUAAUAUAAAAACCUUAUGAUAAAAGACUUAAAUGUUUAUGUAUAUUGAUGAAAUGUAGCAUUAUAUCAGCAUUCCUAUUAAAUAUUUUUAGAAAUAGGUGUUGUGAUCUUUAGCGAUAAAAUUUUGUACAUAUAGUCACCUGUUACAAUAUAAAUAUAUUUGUCUAUUACAGUAUUUUAUUAAUAUUAAUUAUGGAUUAUUGUGCUCUGCUUUGAAAACUGAAGUAAAAAGAACUUACAAGUGUAACUGAUGACAUAAAAAGUAACCAAAUAUUUAUAUUUUAAAUUUAUUUAUUUUUAAGUUUCAAUAAAAUUUACUGUUGAAAUUAUUAA